CACAGAUAAUUCCUGAGGUAUAAUCGUCACUCUAAAGAGAACGUUUUUCCUUCAGAGUAAACCUGGCGGCGGGGGUGGCCAUUCACACUUCCAAGAAUCAAGCCUUUCAGAUUCAAGGCUCCCACUGCCACUCUCUCCACUGUUCGCAUCGUCGGAUUCCCCGAGACAUUCUCCAAAUUGAAACAACAAGGCAACCUGGUGAUCCUGACCUUUCAACCACAGCUCAAGCGCUGAAGGUCCUUGAUUCAUGUGGCUCAGACAUUAUAGAAUUAGGUGUUCCCUAUUCAGACCCAUUGGCUAACAGUCCGGUUAUCCAGGCUGCAGCUUCACGUUCCCUAGCUAGAGGGACUAACCUCGAUAAAAUUAUUGCAACGUUUAAGGACACAAGUGCAAUUUUUAAAUUGUGUUACAAAUAAAACAGACUGGAGGUGGUGCCUCAAUAAUCUUGUCCAAUUGCACUAUUCUCAUAUUAUAACCCAAUACUAAAGCGUGGAGCGGAAAAACUGAUGACAACUUUGAAAGAUGCAGGGAUAAAUGGUCUUGUUGUGCCACAUGUCCCUUCGGAGGAGACAGGGAUAUUGAGAAAAGAAGCUGCUAAUAACAACGUGGAAUUGGUGCUGCUCACAAAACCCACCACUCCUAUACAGCAAAUGAAAGCCAUCGUUGAAGCUUCAGAAGGAUUCAUCUACCUUGUGAGCUCAGCUGGAGUUAUGGGAGCUCGUGCAUCUAUCAAUGAUAAGGUCCAAUCUCUCCAUGAAAUUAAAGAGGCAACAAACAAACCAGGAGCAGUUGGUUUUGGUAUAUCAAAACCAGAGCAUGUGGAACAGAUCUUUGUGAAAACUUUAACUGGCAAGACGAUUACUCUUGAGGUUGAGAGUUCCGACACAAUUGAUAAUGUCAAGGCCAAGAUCCAAUGCAAGGAAGGCAUCCCGUCGGCCCAGCAACGGCUUAUUUUCGCAGGAAAACAGUUGGAGGAUGGUGGAAACCUAGCCGACUACAACAUUCAAAAGGAGUCUACGUUGCACCUUGUCCUCCAUCUCCGUGGCGGCGGAACUUGGAGGAUUCCUUUCGUUGCUAAUCACUUGGUGAAAAAAAUUUCGCAGCUUAACCAAAAAGCGGAGAAGGAAUUGAUAAAAACUUGGUCUCGGGGUUCUACUAUUAUUCCUGAAAUGGUAGGCCACAGGAUUGCUGUUUACAAUGGUAAGAAACACGUGCCUUUUCGUAUAUCGGAGCAGAUGGUGGGCCAUAAAUUGGGAGAACUUUGCCCUCGUCGUCAAGCAAGAAGAGAGAGAGAGAAGUUCAGCAGAAGAAGGGUACGAAGAAGAAAUGAGAGACACCGGGGAAACGUUAGGAAAUUUUUCUAGGUAUGAAGAUCAGGAGAAUUUCUCAUUAUGAAGUAUUUCUAGUCAUGAAUAAAAUUGUGAAAUUGAUGUAGUUUUGUCUUUUGCUAUUGGAUGUUUUCAAUUGAUAUUGAGAAUAAAGUUUUCAAGAUAAUAUACUUUUCAGUUAGAAUGAAUUUAAGUUUCUAUCA